AUGGUCGACCGAUAUUUACGUGGGUCAUUUCGCUCGAGCUCGGGCGACCCAGUUGUAGCUUCAACCAAAAAGGGUCAUUUCUCGGCCUGCCAUUCGUUCUCCGACGUCGCGUCUAUUUGGAUUCGAGUGGGCGAAAAUCCCUCUAGCUCCCGCAUAACGCCUAGAAGCAUCAGUCUUUCUCAUUUCCUUGACAGACAUCCCAUCCGCUCCGCAAUUCUGCUCAACCGCUCUUGUACUGGCUGUGGUGGAGAAUGUAGAACAGCGCCCAUAGGGUAUCGUGAGAUCUGUGAUCCACUCCCGUUCCAGCUCCUCUACGUUUCUGGACAAUCUCCAGUGAAGUUUUGUCGACAUUCUAUUGGGAAAACAGGUUCAGCAUCGUUCGCGCUGAUCCAGGACGCCUUUCUUGUCUCCAAGCUUUUCGCCCAGCCAUCAUCGAGCAGUUGGCAUCCCUCUCAAAUCCGUUUGAAUGUGACUGGCAAGAACAAACGAGAUGAAGAACAAGCAUCGCGCAGGGAGUGCUGUUAUCCAGGCAUUUGUGUUGACCGGGGCUAUGAUAAGCUGUUGGAAAUAAACUCCUCGGAAUAUGAAAAGUCAGCGAUCGUGGAGUGGGCUGAACUAUGCAAGCACUUGGUAUCUCAUAUUGCCCCUCAUCAGCUCCAACUUUGCCUCAUCUGCGAUGUAGCCGAUGUCGAGACGGCAGAAGAAGUCCUGAACCAUCCCUCAAGCAUGCCAAUCCUCAGGGGACUUACUAUUCGCCUUGGAAAUGAUCCAAAAGAUUUUUCUCUUCACGCCCUAGCUAAGAGAACAGUUUACGAGAAAACCAAUCGCUCGGUAGCUACCCAAAGCUCCCCAUUUCAAUUUGGAAAACUUCCACGACAGAUUCGUCUCCUAAUCUUCGAGUAUACUCAUCUCGUCACGCCAUUCGAUAUAGCAUGGUUUCCAUAUCGGUCAUCCUGUGGCCUGCGUGUUUUUGAGUUUCGAGAUUUCAAGCGAAGAAUCUCCACAGCGUGCUUUGGCACCGAAGGGGCUUUCACUAGAUGCCGUGGAAAGUGCUCAGAUGCCAUGGAAGCGUGUUGCUGCUGGAGGCAACGCGCAGCAUAUUCUUCAAGCUGUACCUGUUGGCAAAUGCCGAUGCCACUUCUUUCAGCCAGCCGGCAAAUGCAAGAGGAUGCAAUGGCCGUCUUCUUCUCCAAGAACCACUUCGUUGUCCUCACAACCGACGAUUUCAUAUGCGGGCGUAUGCAUUUCGAGACUGUUCUCACCCAUUUUACGGAUCGGCUUCCCGUCGGCAGAGAGUCAAGAUCAAGACCCCAUGCCGAAGGGCAUAGGACUUGCACGGCAACGGCAGUAUUGGCUGCUGCACAGCUUAUGACAGACUCUUUAUUGCCACUCGGGCCGUUCAAGAACUUACGAAUUCAUUUAAGUUGUAGUUGGGGAGCCUCCUCAUCCAUCUACUUCUUUAGAUUACGGGAUAGGAAAAAGGUCCUAGAAAAAGAGCGGAGCCUCGAGAAACAGAUCAUGGGAGACGAAUAUAAUGCCGAGUUACACGGCAAGUAUGCAAAAAGACAUGAUGCGAAUGGGUAUAUGUGUUCUGAAAAAUGUGAAGAAUGCCCCGAGCUCGGGCCGCGGGAGGGCGACAGAUAUGCCAAUCCGUACUGA